GACCACCAUUUUGAAACCCAGAAAAAUCAAGAUCACUAAACGAGAAAUUCCUGUAUUUAAACCAAUAACAACAUUAUCACAUCGUAAGUUGACCACGGAUGAAAUCAAAAGAAUUGUUGAUAAAGAUGGAGAAUUUAACGGUUAGUUCUUUGUUAUGUUAUUUUACGUAUUUUUGUUUUAUAUAAAAGAAGCCUAUUUAGAAGCAACAGACUACUAGGUUAUCUUAAAUUUUAAGAAACUUUUACAAGUGUAGCUUAUGCACCUCUCCCCCCCUCCUCACCCCUCCACCCCUCCUCACCCCUCCACCACUUAAAUAACGUCAUUUUUAUCUACACAAUUUUGAAAAAGGGUUAACUUUGCUGCAAAUGGCAGUCACUCAUUACUACUUUGUCAGAUACGCAUAUAUUUUUUGACUAAAAAAGUUGAUAUUUGCAAACUCAAUAAUAAUAUUUUAUUAACUAGUCGUUAGCCCGCGGAAAAUCCGCGGGUUCGCCCGUCCUUUUUAUACCGCAUUGCGUGCUUCUCGCUAUUGCGCAGCUAAGCUACCAUUUUGCGUGAUAGACAGACAGACAGACGUAUACGGGCAUUAUAAUAUAGAUUACACGAUCAUUCCUAAAAAACACGCAAGAAACUUUUAAUGGUAAAAUCAUGAAAUAAAUAAGAAGCCUACACGCCCUUGCUUGGUUUCUUAUAAAAAUGAUACUUGAAGCUUUAGUUUGAUUUAUGUAUAAUUUCGAUAAUUUGAUCCUGUAUUGAUGAUAAGCGUGUUUUUAUUUUAAACAGGUUCUACCAAUUCUAAAGGUUGAGGAGGAAUUUUUGUGCUGGUCAAGCAUAAAUAUAUAGUAGUUGAGUUCCUUUUGUAAUGUUCAAGGAGUCUACUAAGGAAUCAACGUAGUUUUUCAAAUAGAUCAUAUAUCUUGCAUGCAUCCUCGUUUCCAGUCUCUUGUCUGAAGUUGAUAUCACGGCGCUUUUGAAUUUAUCAUAAAGACAAAAUUCCCUAAUAAAAAGUUGCCUAAAAUCUCCGUAAAUUCUGCCUAGGAAAAGCCUAAAGGUUUUAUGCUAUUUAUAUAACGUCCCUGGAGACGAGUUAAUAUUGCGCUUGUAGCCAUAUGUCAGAGACGCGCUAUCUGUCUUAAUGUGACCUGGAACUAGCUCAUGUAGUUAUUGUAAAACCUUACGUAACUACCACGCGGAAAAGAUUUCGUGUUAACGUAAUUACCAUCAUAUUAAAUAACCACCCAUGCGUGUUUAAUUAAUUCCAUGCUUAUCUAAUAGCUAAUUAAUUUGCAUCUUUCAUUUCAUGUGGCGGCCACUAUAAAGUAACUUUUGGCACCCAUUCUCAAACAAAUGUCAUACUCGAAAAUGUAUAAAUGUCCCCCAGCCACUCGUCACAACUAACACUCUUUAAAAGUUAUUCGUAUUUUAUCAACACCCCUGUGAAAUAAUUUAUCUUGCGUAGACGCCCACCAGAAAAAACGCCCCUUUCAAGUAGAUGCCACUCUAACCACCCUUUCUAGAAGAUGUCCUCUAGAAAUAACGCCUUAUAAGAAGACACCACUCUAAAAAAAUGAUCUUCGAACUAGCUAAGGAAACCUUUCCAAAGUUUUUUUACAAAAUAUUUUUUUUCUUUUUUAAACCAGGAUAGGUGGACUACACACGUAUUUUUAAGGCCAUCCCAAACUUGUUUAUUUUCUAUACUGUAAUUACCAAUUAGUCACGGCCUCCCUGAGGUGUCAAUCAGCACAAGUGUUUUUUAACUGUCUUUAAAUAAAAAACUUGGCUAAAAAAGCAGUAACAAGAAAUUUAAAAAACGGAAAAAUUUAAGUGUUGAAUAUUUUUGCCUGACCAAAAUUAUGUCCGACAUUUUAUCUGACAAGAUAAUAAGUCGUUAGAGCAUUCUGUUUUAUUUCAUAACUUGAGGGUUUAAUCAUCUCUGCAUAUUAACAUAAUUAGCACCAAUAUUUCUGCAUAAUUAGUGCUAAUCUUUCUAAUUGACGUUGUUGAGCAAAUCAAUAAAUAUAUCUGUGUUGAGAGAAUCGAGCUAUCAGGAAACGCAAUCAGGCAAAUUAUCUAUAUGACAAAAAUUAUCAUCAAGUUAAAAUAUGGAAGUUAAAGUUUUCAAUUUUUUCCAUAUUGAAAAAAUAACGUUCACAAUUUGAGCGGAAUGUUACGGUAAAAGUUGUAGCAAAGAUGGUGAAGAAAUCUGUGAAGCUGAAAAAAUAUUUGUGUUGCUUACCAACUUGGAAGAUACAUCACAAGCCGUAUAAAGAGACAACGCGCGAUUGGACAUACCAAGGUGUGAACGGUCCGGAUUAUUGGCACAGGAACUUUCCGGUAGCGGCGUCCACCUAUCAAAGUCCGGUCAAUAUUGAACUUUCAGAAGUCGAAUAUAACGAAUCACUAACGGAAUUAAUCUUAACCGGAUAUGAAGAUAUUCAGAUGGAUAAGAAAUUAAAACUCUGUAAUAAUGGCUGCACCAUAAAGUUAAAACUGGAAAAUGGUGUGAGAGCUUCGCGCGCUGAUUUUACAAACACAUACGAAGCUCUGUUUGUGUGUUUUCACUGGAGUACAGAUAACAGUAGGGGAUCAGAACAUUGUGUCGAUGGAAAGUCCUAUCCGAUGGAGAUACAAUUGAUUCAUAAGAACACCAAAUAUACCGAAGAUGAAAUGUUCGACAAGAAAGAUGGCUUGCUUAUGUUGGCCUAUUUUGUUGAGAUUUCUGAUGAAGAAAACAUAAACUUAUCGCAAAUUACAGAUAAUCUGAAGAAAAUUAAAUAUAAGGGUGAAGAAGUUAAAAUCGAUAACUUUCCCUUACGUACUAUAUUACCGAAUAAUAUAAGCAAAUAUUAUCAAUAUGUGGGAAGUUUGACCACCCCACCUUGCAAUGAGUGUGUCACGUGGAUUGUACUAUCUGACACAAUAAACAUGUCACAAGAACAAAUGGACAAUUUCAGGUUGUUAUAUAGUGGAGACAACAACACGAGUCAAUUGCUUCAUAAUAACUACAGACCACUACAGAAAUUGCAUCAUCGAAAAAUCAAAACAAAUAUUUUAACUCUCUGAUCAAAAAAAAUAUCCGAGGAGAGCUACAUACAUAUUUAUUUUUGUAUAUAAUAUUAUUCAUUUGUUUAAACUUUAUUAACCGGAGGAAGGUAAUUUUAUUUCAUUCGAACAAAUAUAUGAACUGAUUGUGUGUU